GAAGUUGGAGCGCUCAGGGCUGCGAGUGGACGGCGCCGCGGCUCCGCUUGCGCCGGCCGUGACGGAGGCGCCGCCUGCGAGCGCGCAGUCCGACCCAUAAUGAACGCCUUCAGUAAGUGCCGGGAUGGAUGAGGGAGGUUUUAUGUCAGCGCAAUGUGGAAUGACGGCGUGUUGUUGCGUCUCCUGGCUCCGCGAUGGUGGCACCUCCGUGCGCUUUCCCAUCAUCUCCCCACCGGACCAGGGACGGAGGUGUGACGCACCGGCGCUGACAUUUGCACCAUUCUCAUUCCCAGAAUAGAGCGCGGACGGAGCUGUCAUGGAGAAACAAGGCAGGCUGAAGGAGGGAAUGCCGACGUCGAAGGAGGACAAGCGCAAAGACAAGAAGCCCAAAUCGGGGAAGCUCUUCCGAAAGAAAUCUCUGAAGUCCGUGGGAAGCUUUAUGAACAAAAUCAUCAAAACUUUGGGUACUUUCACCCACUUUGGAGACGCGGACGCGCAGGACGCGGAGGAUGAUGACGGGGGGUUCCGGAAUGGCGCACCUUGCACCCUGAGCGCCAGCUCGGGGGUCAUGCGCGCAGAUGCGCAAGUGGCGUGGGAUCGAGCUGCCAAAGCCCCCCCGAGCACCUCGUCCUCUCUGUCAACGUGGAGGGAGAAACUUCUCUACCAAUACGGGGACAAGACCCCCGGCGUGCUGGGGCUGAAGAACCACGGCAACACCUGCUUCAUGAACGCCGUGGUCCAGUGCCUGAGCAACACCGACCUGCUGGCCGAGUACCUGGGGCUGGAGCGGUACAGGGGGCACCCCGGGCACCCGGGGGACACCAGGGUCAACGGCGUCGUGAGCAGCGACGGGGAGGUCACGGAGCAGCUGGCCUCGCUGGUCAGGGCUCUGUGGACUCUGGAGUACAUCCCACAGCUCUCCGUGGACUUCAAGGCUGUGGUGUCCAAGUACGGAUCACAGUUUCGCGGUAAUUCCCAGCACGAUGCGCUGGAAUUCCUCUUGUGGCUGCUGGAUCACAUCCAUGAAGACGUCAUCCUGGCAUCUCACAACAACAACAACCAGAUCAAAGCUCCUGGGAAGGGUCCCGGUGGAGGUGAGGAGGUGGCGUAUCCUGAUCCCAUCCAGUCCCAGCAGCCCAACGUCCAGCACAGCUUCGUCCAGGAACAUUUCCAGGCGCAGUAUAAAUCCUCCCUGACAUGCCCCCACUGCCUGAAACAGAGCAACACCUUUGACCCUUUCCUCUGCAUCUCACUACCCAUCCCUCUCCGCCAGACCAGGCCGCUGUGUGUGACCCUGGUGUUCAGCACCAAAGGGCAGAGGUACCUGCGGGUCGGGCUGGCCGUGCCUCUGUUUGGCUUCGUGGCCUGUCUGAGGAGAAUGGUGGCCGACGAGGGGAAACUGUCCCCCGACCAGGUUAUCCUGACCGAGGUUUACUCCACGGGGUUCCAGCGCUCCUUCUUUGACGAGGACGAUCUCACGAGCAUCGCGGAGAACGACAUCAUCUACGCCUUCCAGGCCCCGCCGCUGUACAUCAGAGGAGGCUCCGCGCGGAUCUCAGGGUACCACCACAGUUUGCCGUCGUCCCCAUACGCCGCGGGUCCCGAGGGUCAGCGAUUACCUUCGUCUGGGACGCUGUCGUCGGAGUUCCUCAACCAGGGCGUCCCUGUCAAGAUCCUGCUGCUGGUGUGCAACGCUGCUGGAGGAGGCCAGCAGACCGUCAGGUUCGGCCCUCCGUUCCUGAUGAGGGAGGACCGGUCUAUUUCCUGGGACCAGCUGCAGCAAAGCAUCCUGAGCAAGCUUUACUACCUGAUGAUCAAUGGAGCUCAGGCCCAGAAUACCAGAGUGCUCUUCAACAUCCGCGUGGUUGGAGGAUCGGCAUUUUACAGCUACUUGUCGCCUCAGGAUGGAAGGCCACUCUACCACCCUGCCGUUGACAGGGCUCUGAAGCUCUGCAGCUCAGGAGGACCUCCUCACGUGAAGCUCAUCAUCGAGUGGGAACACAGAAUCAAAGACUGUCUGUUUGGUAACAUUCAAGAGGAAGUGGUGAAAGAUGCAGAGAGUGCGAGGAAUCUGCAGCAGCAGCACAUCCAGCAGUACAGCUGCACCUUGGACGAGUGCUUCCAGCUCUACACCAAAGAGGAGCAGCUCGCCCCAGAUGAUGCCUGGAAGUGUCCCCACUGCAAGCAGCUGCAGCAGGGUGUGGUGAAGAUGAGUUUGUGGACCCUGCCGGACAUCCUCAUCCUCCACCUGAAGCGCUUCAGGCAGGUGGGUGAGCGCAGGAACAAGCUCACCACGUUCGUCCACUUCCCCCUGGUGGACCUGGACAUGACGCCUCACAUGGUGAACCGCAACAGCGCCCCCCACGCGCCCCCCCAGCAGCCCCCCCUCCAGGCAGGAUGGAAGCAGCCCAGACGGCCCGAUCCGGCUCCUCCCGACUUCCUGUAUGAUCUAUAUGCUGUCUGCAACCACCACGGAGGAAUGCACGGUGGACAUUACACAGCCUUUUGUCGGAACUCCGUUGAUGGUCAGUGGUACAGCUACGACGACAGCAACGCCGAGCCGGUCCCAGAGGCGGAGGUGUGCACGCGAGGAGCCUACAUCCUCUUCUACCAGAAAAGAAACACCAUCCCCCCCUGGUCUGCAAGCUCCUCCGUGACUGGUUCCACCAGCUCCUCCAUCUCCGACCACUGGCUGGUACGGCUGACAGGAGGCAGUAAAAGAGGCAGUUUGGUGUCGGCUGACCCCAGUUCUGCACCUGUGGAGCCUGCGCAGCCCCCUGAGUCUCCUGAGGUGCCGGUGUUUGGAGAUGAACCCCCCAAAACUGUAGAAACAGAUGGAUCUGGAGCCAGCAUAUUUGUCCGAGGGACCCAGGGCAGGAGUUUAAGCAUGAGGUCGCCAAUUAAAUCCAAGGAAAGUCUGAACAAAGUUCUCCCGCUGCGCUGGUCUUUUGGGUCCAAAGACCGCAUCAAGCACUCGGCCCAAACCCAGUCUGGAGAGCUGGUGGAGUACCUGGAGUCGGGCCGCCGGCCGCGCUGCACCAAAGAGCCCAUCAUCAGCCUGGUGGCCACUCCGCCGCUGAGGAACGCCCACGGAAGAGUCCAGGAGGCUGGGCAGGACUGCAGCUCCCCGAGCGGCAGCAGCCUCAGCUGCACGGACAGACUCAGCGCCGACGCUUGUUACUCCCCCAAGAUCCCAGAGGGACAGAUCCGGCCGGGUUCGGAGAGAAAGAUCAGCCACGGAGCUCGAAACGAAAGCCACGUCAAGUCCGGCGUUGAGGAUUCUCUGAGGCUGGGAUCGUCUAAGAGAGCGAAGUCGGAGCAGGGCAGGGGCCUGGACUUCCAGCUGAUGAGAGGGGCCAUCCUUGGGGGUCACAUCAGCUACAGCGCUCCUCCAAGCAGAGACUCUACCCUCAGGAGCUCCAAGGUACAGAUAAGUGGAACCCCCAGGGGGCAAAGAGAUUUAUUUCAAAUGACUCUUCAACCCGAGGACAGGAGGGGAUUGAGGGGAGAGGAGGGCCGGAGCCAAGACAGCCUGCUGUCAUUUUUUAAACCUGUUUUGGUGAAGAAGGAAGAAGAGAGGCGAAUGAAUGGCCACGGACACCUGGGGAAACUGGCGGGCAGUAAUUUAGCCAAACUGUCGCUCUCCAACGGGACGCUCACCGUACCGGUGGCAGAAGGGAGGAGGGGCCACAGCAUCUCCAGCUGCGACGCGUACAACUGCAAGAUGCAGCUGGUCAACGGAAGAGUCCGGGGUCACGACCCCGUCGACAUCAAACGAGCUCACAGCUCCAGCAACAUCCAGACCAAGCUGGACUUGACGUUUCGCAGGUGCGCCUCCCUGCAGAGGAACGGAGAGGUGGCGGUGCCGCCGCCGCAGCGCGUCCCGCUGCCGGACAAGCCCGGCUCGGCCACCCUGCAGCGACCCCGGUACAGCAGCACCUCCCUGGGUAGGCACCCGUGUGUCCCCGAGGCCUGUUUCUAACAAACGCACACCACCGGGACACUCGUUACAGCCUUUUCCUCUCCUGUGUUUCAUUACAAGCACAAACUGAAACAAGGAACACUUGGUUGAAGUAUUACUUUUGGGGGGGGUAAACAAAUUAAUUAUAAUGUAAUACAUCUGGAUUCAAACGCAGCUUCUCUACUCCGUUUUUCCAAAUUUUAUGUUUUUAUAAAAUUGAAUUAUAUUUUUUUUUCCUCUUUCACAUUUUACCGUAUGACUUAAAGUGUUGUUGUUGUUUUUUCUUUUUUUUCUGUUGUAAGUGCCAAUGUGACAGCCCAGAAUGACUGCUGAACAUAGGACGUGUCUACUAGUUUCCAGGCACAGCCCCCGGAGAGAAGCCCCCGCAGCAGGAGACGUCGCUUGAAUCAGAGUUCAUCUUCUCGCUCCUCUUCAUCGUGCUGUCAGAACUUCAUACCUGUGUGUGUCUUAAACUAAAUCUAUGCAGUUUAACACAAAAACAUUAAGGGAAAACAGUGCUGUAACGUGUUUUUUUCCCCCCUUGUGACAGAUACAUACGUUUCCAUAACCUAAACACGGCAGGAUGACUAACACUGCACCGUCAACUAGUUGCUGCACACAAAUCUUUUGCAUUGACAUUUAUUUUCUAUCACAUUAAUAUUAUAUUAUAUUAUUUAUGCACUUUCACAUUUGAAAACGUUUUGAUUUUAUUGCCAUGUGAGCAUAAUGCCAAUGCUAGUUUGGAAAUAGUGUAUUGUAUAUGGGGCAACGCCAAUCCCAGUUGGAUCUGGAGGUGAUUAAACUGUUUCUGGAUGUACUGUAUGUGACGCAUGUGAAGGGACACUUUAAACGUUUUUGGAAGGUGAUGAGAAAUCCCCCCCUUGUACCACGUCAAACACCAGCAAGGGUAAAAGAUGGUAACCAGACUUGCACAUUAAGACAUACUGUCAUACACAAAAAAGAAGGUACACCCGCUGUCAUUUCUAAUAUUUUUGUUUGUUGUUGUUAUACAUAUCAUGCCGCAAUUAAAUGAUACUUCAUGAUAUUAUCACCUGGGCCAUAGCACGUCCUUAAAUGAAGUAAAUAUCACUACUGAUGAACAACAACGCAUAACAUAGUGCACUGUUUCAUUGUUUGUUUCCCGAAAACAAAGGCGGAGUAGUGUGUGAAAAGUAAGUGCACGUGCUAAUUCAUUAUUCUUUAGACCCACCUUCACAGGCAAGUGCUAGAAAUGAUCAUUUAAACAUUUUAGCACACAUCAUGGUUGAAUCAAUAACUCAGAGGUGCCCAGGCCCUGCAGGUGCAAUAUGAGCCCAGAUCAUCACACCUCCACCACCAUGCUUGUCAGCUCGUAGGUGUGUUUAAAUUUAAAUAAUAAAUAAAAUAAGCACUGAAUAUUUUAGCCAAACAUCCCCACUUUGGACAUUUAUCCAAGAGCAGGUUGUUCUUCCAGAAGUCUUGUGGUUUGCUUGGAUGCAUCUUUGCAAACCGAAGCUGUGCUUCCCCGUGGCAACCUUUUCAAAUAGGCCAAACUUGCUCAGUUUCUGUUUGAUUAUUUUUUUGUCUUUAUCACUUUAGGAUGAUCAAGUCUACAUCGUAGACGUAAUGCGCUUAAAAUCUUUCUCAGAUUGAAAGGCUGACAGUGUUCCUCUUUGGCAUUGUGUUAACUUACACCUGACCAGCUCAAGCCACCAAGCUGUUAGAAUUUCAGAUUUUAUAGCGCUCUACAGCCUUGCUGGUGGUUUAAUUACUUACUUACCCCCUAAAAUCCUGUGGAAGUAGUUGGUUUCCUUCACAUUGUGCUUCUGCGUUUUGGCUUCGUUUUUGUUCAUAAAUGAAGGCACAUAGCAGUAUGUCAUGUGUUGUUGUCCAUGUUGCAUUUACUUAAUUUUAAGAUCUGGUAUGACCAGAUAUACAAUAUAUUACUUUUGACUGAAAGAAGGUGAAAUGUCUUAAUUGACAUUAACCGUCCUGUUCGCUUGCAGUCUUUAUAAAUGUGCACAUGGAAGUUGGCUGAUAGCAAGUGGACUCCUGGAUUGCUUGCUGAGCAGUGAAGGAUAUAUUUUUAUAUUCCAACCCGUGCUUCUCCGGCGCGUGGGAGUCUGAGAAUGUAAAUUUGUUUUGCAGUUAUAUUCGAAUUCUCUUUGAUAAAACGCCAACGUUAACAGGACUGGUUACGAGAGCGAUGCUUUCUUUAGUUGAUUUUUAGGGGUGUUCACUCUGUUUGCACACAGUUGUCUCUGCAGCCAUAAAGACAACAGCCAUCGUUUGUCAUCAGAUUCACGUCACUUGUAGUGAAGUCACCGCCUCAAGUCCACUCAGCGGUGGCUCUUCCUGCUGCUUAUGUAACGGAUGUGUAAUUCACAGGCAUAAUCACAGUUUCUGUGCCACAUCUGCUUUUUCCACUGGAAGACAGGACCGACACUUCAAGGGAACAUAAAGAUUUUUUUUUUCCUAAAUUCAAAUUUUAUGGUUAACUUUAUAUUUAUAUAUUUUAAAUGCUUUUUCAUUAACUUAUGCACUGCAAUUAUGUCUAAAUAUCAUUAGUAGGUGUCCAUUUAUCUCGUCUCUUCACCUGUUAUGUUGAAUAACACAAUCAAAACUAUGUCAUAGCAUAUAAAGGAAAUGUCUGAGGCAUCAUGUGGAAAUAUUAUUAAUUAUAUUUUAGUAACUUUUUAAAAGACUACAUUUUGUACCUGAUGUGUAAUUAUGUAAUUGAAUGAACAGAUUCAAAGUAUAUGUUUCAGCUUAGUACGUAAGGUCAGAAUAAAAUUGUAAAAUGGGUUUGAUUUUGACACUACACGGUGUUUUGCGUUGGAUUGUCUGUAACGUGGACUUAAUGUACUGCAAGUUUUAAAGAUUGCAAAUUAAACACAGCUUUUCUCACAAAA